AGUGACAGCGGUUAGCUCUUCAGAUGUUUCAUUUUCUAUUGAAUUAGCAACGCCAGGAAGGAUUUGAUUGCCAAGUGUCGCCGACGAGCAACUGCCGGACAAACGUGUUCGUUAUGUUUGCGCCAACAGGUUCCAAUUAACCGGUGAUUAAACUGAUGGCUAACUGCUAACAGCUAGCUAACUAGCGCUCCUAUCUCACGAUUUCGCCGGCACAGGCGGACCUCUUUGUCUGACAGGGGAAGGCGUGCUCUUUUGUUAGGCUUUUCCCUUUGUCCACUCGCGAAAGAGGAACUAUUUGGGUCAGUAUUUCACCGUUAUCUGCAGGCCUAAAAGCAUUUAGAAAAUGCAAAUCGCGAAAAAGUACUUCUCAGAAGGCCUGAUACAGUUAACGAUCUUACUCAGUUUGAUUGGAGUUCGUGUGGAUAUCGACAGCUACUUGAGCGGCUAUUAUACGCCUCUGAUAGAGAUUAACUUGGGUCCUAGCUUAGGCUACACCCAGACACCCUUUCAUAAUUUAAGAGACACUCUUGACGGAUAUAGUGUGCACCCAAAAUGUCCCGAAUUGGACGAUUUCUUUGCGAGUCGCCGGCUGCUCGACGAGGUGAGGACCCUCGGCUCGCGGCGCUUCCCCACACAGUUGAACGCAUGGCUCGUGCACCAAGUCUCCGCCACUGACAAGGCUGACUGUGGGCCUUCGACCAGCAACAACACCUCCACCAGCUCGGGGUUAGAGAAGCCCAGGGACGAAGCCAGGGAUGAUAGUGAACACCUGCCCGGCAGCGGCCAAGAGGGCUGCCAAACCACCCAUGAACUCGGACAAAGGCCUUGUAGCACUGGAGCUUGCGCGUUUCUUAAAGAGGAGGAUGAUGUUAGAGUUAAAGAGGAGGAAGAACCUGCCGCGCUCACUCAGUUGGCUCACAGUUCCACACUGGAACAAGAGAGUCUUCUUGAAGGCAUCACUGCACUGUCUAAUCCAGCCCGCCAUCAGCCUCCUACCAUUGAUAUUGAACAGCACUGGAGCAAUUUACUCUCUCUUUCUGUUACUGACCUUGACGACUUGGACUCCCUUGUUACCGAGCAUCUGUCAGACCUGGACACAGAUAUCCCCAGCGCCAUAAGCCAGGAUGUCAGUUUGCAUGAUGCAAUGGUGACCAGAGCGUUUGGUGUGGCGACUGAAAGAGCUGAGUCCAGGCCCGUCGCCCAACAGCAAAGAACCCUCUUUCGACUGGAAUCCACAGGCUCCUCGCACUCGGACCCGUCCCCAGGGAUGGCAGUGGGCCUGGCCGCUCUCCCGUUUGCUUCAGUAUGUAACUUAACUGGAAAUGUGUCAUCGCAUAGUGCAUUGGGUGGCUGUCUGGACGAGGCGGUGUUUGACCAGAUCAAUCAGCUCGCUUUGGAAGGCCUGGACACCCAGCUGAUGGGCUCUCUGGAGAGCAUAAACCCACAGGUCCUCGAGGACUUGGACUCUGACUCGGGUCUCUCCUUGGAGAGCAGCUCUGGAGGUCCAGUCUCCCCAGGCUCAUCCGAGAUGUCGUCGUCAUCCAGCUCGUACUGUGAGGAUGAGUGUGGAGCUACAGGCUACAGCAGCGAGGUGGAUUCAGUCCCCUCAAAAGGCAUCACGGACUACAACACAACGUGGUCACCCGUUGAUCUGAGUGAGAGUGUGUGGCAUGACCACAGCUACUCCUCUCCUGCUUUCUUCAACCAUCCGUCCGUAACACUGCCUCACAAAGGUAUCAAAGAGGAGCCUCUCAGCGAUGAUGAGGGUUCAAGGUUUGACGACAGGGAUCUGAGUCGCGAUGAGCUGCGCGCCCGUAGCAUGUGCAUCCCCUUCUCUGUCCUACAGAUUGUCAACAUGCCUGUGGAGGAGUUCCUAGAGGUCCUUGAAGGCCACGGCUUCACCCCCGACCAGGUGACCCUCCUGAGGGAUAUUCGCAGACGGGGAAAGAACAAACUGGCAGCGCAAAACUGCCGGAAGCGCAAACUAGAUGCCAUCACAGGGCUGCAGGAGGAGGUGGAAAGGUUGCAGGCCCAGAGAGGCCGGCUACUGAAGGAGAAACAGCUCACAGCCAAGACAAUGGGUGCUGUGGGCCAGCAGAUAAAGCAGCUGACUAGAGAUGUCCUGGCCCGGCUGAGAGAUAGUUCAGGACGGCCCCUGAACCCAGAUAGAUUCACCCUGCAGUGCGGGGCUAAUGGGAGGGUAGUAGUGCAGCCUGUAAGGCGGCCUGUUGUUGCCACAUCAACAGGCAACAAAACAGACAAGAGGAAGAAGGACAAAAAGCAAUGAUGCCGUUGUGCCAGCUGAGACAUGACCUUUUAGAUUUUUGGACUUGCUUGCCUGACUCUGGUUUUGGGAUCUCCUCUUUUGCUUGUGUGUAUGUGCGUGCGUGUGUAUGUGUGUAUGGAUUCACCGCUGUUGGGAGCCUAAAUCUGCAAACGCCGCAAAAAGAAAAGACACUCGGAGCAGAAAUAAUACAAAAAUCUCUGUAAAUAAAUGUUCUCAUGCGGGGGAAAAAAAAUGUAGCUUACACACUGGACAUUUUAUGCUUUGUGAAGAUGGACAAGGCACCCUGGGCAGUUUAAGGGAUCAGCUAAGCUGCCAGCAAUGCUCCCAGUCUUGUGCCUGUUAACAACCAGACAUGCCUAGAGUCAACAUGGCCAGCAGUGUGACCCUUACUGGAUAGGGAUCUCAGAGGAGGAUUCUGUUUGUUUUUGUGUAUGUCCGUCUCAUGUGAUCUUCCCUCUCAAUGUAUUCACUAUAAGGAGGUUGAAGAUUGUAUUUAUUAAAGUUUCUGAGGUUCCUGAAAUGCUUACAUGCAUCAUGAGACUGUCAAUGGCAGUAUCUUUCUUUCAUAAUGGUAAGUUGAUCUCAACGUGGUGAGAAUAUUGGGACAUUGCCUAUCUAAAGUUUACAACUUUGUUUUAGAUAUUUGAGGGCAUGUACUGUUCAGUAGAAAUUUGUACUGAAAUGUUUUCCUUAUGUCUUUAGGACAAAAUAUACCAAUGAUUCUAUUGACAAGGCCUUCAUUUGCAUUAGAUACAUGUUUUAGUUAUUGUGAGUGCACAUCAUAACUAUUUUAUUUUUAAGAGGCUACCACUUCAUGUUUUUUAUUGAGUCAUUUGUUUCAAGCAUACUUUUUUUCUUAACCCUUUCAUUUUAAAUACUAAAGAGUUUAGGCAAGAUUAUAUUCUACCUCACCUCUUGGUUUAUGUUAUAGAUUUAAGUUUUUAAAAAAAAAUUCCUUUUUAGGGGGACUUAAAUGCACUCAUUGACUACAAAUUCGUCAUUAUGAAAAUGGACCUAAACCAUCCAAUUUCUGAAAAAAAGUUUUUAAAAAAUACAAUCACCAACUCUAUUAAAUAAGGUUGUCAUUUGGCUUUUGCUUUUUAUAUACUUGAGAUUAUCUGAGAAUUUAAAUAAGUAUUUAGUAAAAGUUGCCACCUUAUUCAUUGGCAUUUAUCUUUAUACAGUCAGAUGAGUGAGAAACAAGCAUAAAGUAAUAGUGUAACUCAUGACUAAUUUUUUUUCAUUGUCCCUCAAUCUUUUAUUUAAUUAUCUGGUUUGACCAAGAGUUUACUUUUCUGUUUGUUAAAAUGUCAUGUUUUGGGGGCAAAUGUUUUUGAUUGCAUGGUGAUUGUUGACUGUUGAUAGUAUGAUUUUGUUUAGCGAAUUUGAGAUGCUCUUGCAGAUAUUGUUCUUUCUGAUUUAAAAAUGGAAAAAGAUAAAACG